CACGCUGGAGCUGUCUUGGCUGUUGUCCCGCUUCCGAGUGCAACCGGGCCGCUGAGAUCGACCGUCCUGAAUUAGCAUGUUCGGGGCCGCGGAGGAGGAUGACGCGGAUUUUUUGUCCCCUACAGGCGGCAGCGCCAGAUUGGCCUCUCUCUUUGGAUUGGAUCAGACAGUAUCAGUCCAUGGAAAUGAAUUCUUCCAAUAUACAGCACCAAAACAGCCUAAAAAAGGCCAAGCAGCAGCAACAGGUCAGCCAGCCCAGAAGAUGCCUACAACCACAGCGGCUUCAGCAGCCCCAUCAGUAUUUGUCGCCGCAGCAGUUCAUGCCUUUCGAUACACAAAUGGGCAGUAUGUGAAGCAAGGCAAGUAUGGAGCAGCUGUGGUGGGGAGCCAUGCUACCAAAGAGUACAAGAUUCUCCUUUAUAUCAAUCAGCAGCAGCAGGUCACAGUUGCCAGGAUCCAUCCAGGGUUUGUGCUCACGGUUCAGCCCAACAACUACAGUACAUUUUAUGAUGAUCAGAGACACAACUGGUCGAUCAUGUUCGAGUCAGAAAAGGCAGCCAUGGAUUUCAGUAGACAGUUAUGCAUUGCCAAAUGCAACAGCAGCCCUUCACUGGACUCAGUACUGUACCAGGAUCUCAUUGUUGGAGAGGGGCAGGGAUUGGAAGUAGGAGACUCUCUGGAGGUUGCCUAUACCGGUUGGCUGUUCCAGAACAAUGGGCUUGGACAGGUGUUUGAUUCAAAUGUCAACAAGGACAAGCUGUUGCGUCUGAAGCUGGGUUCUGGAAAAGUCAUUAAGGGUUGGGAAGAAGGGAUGAUGGGGAUGAAGAAAGGGGGGAGACGACUUCUCAUUAUUCCUCCAGCAUGGGCUUAUGGGUCCCAAGGAGUAGCCAGUCGUAUUCCUCCUGAUUCCACCCUGGUUUUUGAGGUGGAAGUUAAGCGGGUGAAGCUGGUAAAGGAGUCUGGCUCUGAUGGGCAGAGUAUUGGUUCUAGGGAUUCUUCUGCAUCUUCCCCAGUACCCAAUUCGGACAGCUUCUCCACGGACCCUGUCGGAUUGCCUCCUUUGACAAUGCCUCCGAAGCCUGGAGAGCCAGCUGUUCGGGCCAAGUCUAACUCUAUAAGUGAACAACUAGCAAAUCCUGAUGUAGCAAAAGCAAAGCUGAUUUCUCGGAUGGCUAAAAUGGGACAGCCUAUGCUACCUUUCCUUGCAGGAACAGCAGGCACCCAGCUUGACUCCAGUGACUCAGAAAUAGAGGACCCAAAUACAUUGAGAGGAACAGCACAGCCUGUCUCUUCAUCCCCCAAGAGACCUUUCUUGCAGCCAGCUCAUGCAGUACUGCCUCAGUUGACAACGCAAGUACCUCAACCAUCUGUUUCUGGGCUCCAAGUGCCCUCUGCUGCCUUAAUGCCUGCAACCCUCCAGCCCCAUUCAGCUCUCCCUGGAAGUGCACAGAGCUUUCAGCCGUAUGCAGAAAUGGCAUAUGCCUAUUCACAAACUGCAGCUGCUUCCCAGCUCCAGCCUGUAGGACAGAUGUAUCCAUCACCUUUCCAAGCACCUAGUGAUGUUACUUCAUUCUUGAUGACAGAAGCUCGACAACAUAACACUGAAAUCCGAAUGGCUGUUAGCAAAGUAGCUGAUAAAAUGGAUCAUCUAGCUGCCAAGGUGGAGGAGUUACAGAAACAAAAUACUAGCAACAACUUGCUGCUACCUGGCAUCUCUUCAGUUACCAUGGAAACUGCCAUGAUCAUGAGCAACAUCCAGCGCAUCAUUCAGGAGAACGAGAGGUUGAAGCAGGAGAUAUUUGAGAAGAGCAGCCGUAUUGAAGAACAGAAUGAGAAGAUCGGCGAAUUGAUUGAGCGGAAUCAGCGGUAUGUUGAACAGAGCAACCUGCUGAUGGAGCAGAGAAACAACUCAUUGCAAACAACAAAUGAACACACUCAGGCAAGGGUGUUGCAUGCAGAGCAGGAGAAGCACACGCUGCCAGUGGAUCGGGGCUGGGACCAGGUCAAAGUUGCAGAGGAGCUGGCAGCUGCUACAGCACAGGUCUCCCGUCUGCAGUUGGAGCUGACUGCUCACCAGAAGAAGGAGAUGGACCUGCACACACAGCUGACCACAGCCCUGCAGGAGGCAGAGAUGAAUGAGGCACAGCUCAAGAAACUGCAAGCACAACUAGCCGAGCUCCAAGAAUCCUCAGAAGACACGCAAGCUAAAUUCAGAGCUGAGAAGCAGAGCCGCAGGCAACUGGACCUGAAGGUCACGGCGAUGGUAGAAGAGCUAGCAGACCUGAAAGUAGAGAAAGAGAACCUGGAAAAGAACCUUGUUGAGAGGAAGAAGAAAUCCCUCUUGGAGAGAAGCCAGGCUGAGGAAGAGAUGGAUGAGAUUCGCAGGUCCUACCAGGAAGAACUGGACAAGCUUCGACAGCUCCUGAAAAAGGCACGGACUUCAACUGAUCAAGCAGCAGCAGAGCAGCAGUCACUCAUCCAGGCAGAGCUGGAAUCCCAGUGGGAAGCAAAAUGUGAGCGCAUGCUGGUCUCUGCCAAGGAGCAGCACUUACGGCAGUAUCAGGAGGUGUGUGAGCAGAGAGACUCUCAACAGAAGCACAUCACCCAGCUGGAAGAGAAGCUUUCCGCUCUGAAACACUCUAGAAAUGCCGAGGAGCAAAAACUCUCUGUGUUUCAGGGGAAGCUGGAGCAACUGGGGCUGAUCAACGAGAAGUAUUCAGCCUUACAGUCCCAUGUUGCUGCCCUGAAGGCUCGCUAUGAAGAACGUAUCAGGGAGCUGGAGAAGGGCUCUGUACUGGAAAAUCAGGAGAGAUCUCCGCCUGCAGACUCUACAGAAGAGGUGAAGAAGAUCAUGAAUGGGGUAUUUCAGACUUUGAGGGGUGAAUUUGAGCUGGAGGAGUCGUACAGUGGCAGAACAGUUCUUGGUGUUGUCAUGAACACCAUCAAGACUGUAACUCUGCAGCUGCUCAGUAGACAACAGGAGAGACGAGACAGCAACAGUGACGAGGAGGAGGCGGAGCCUAGAACUGGAAAGAGGAAACAGGAAAGCCCACCAAAAGCAAAGGAGGACCAUGAAGGUGCUGUCCAAUAUGGGCCAGCACCAAGCACUGUGUGCCCAACUAAACCAGCAGGUGAGUCUGCUGGUAUUGCUACACCUCCUAGAUCUCCUGAGGAAGGGCAGAGGACCCAGAACACUACAGCAUCAGAAGUGAAGAUGAUCCAGGAGAUGCAUGAAGCGCAUACCUUCUCUGAAUCGGUUCAGCCAGUAAAGCCCAACCAAGGACUGGUGGAUCCUGAGGAGGAUGUAGACUCUGUACUGGCUGAGCAAAGGCAGGCAAGUGCUCCCAGUGGGCUAGCUCAGCAUGAAGGCAGCUCCCAAAAAAUAGCAUCUGUUCAGGCAGAAACGCCAGAGCCCUCUAUUCUAGACACAAAGCUGGGAGCAAUGGAAGAGGCUUUGCCUUCGGAAACGCCAGCUACAGAGCACAAGGCAGAGGAGCCUGCAGGAAGACUGGAACCCCUGCCUCUGAAAAGUGCAGAGGGGGGGAGUUGUCUGGGAAUUCCAGAUGCACCCAGGUUUGAAAUGGGUACAAGCAUUUCUGACUUCUCAUCUGAGAUGGCAGAGAAGAAUCCAGCCACCAACCAUGAAACUACAGAACCCCAAGGACUGGCAUCUAGCCCCAAGCAGAAGGAUUCCAGUCUCACUGAGAACGAUGAUGACUUGUUUAAAGUUGCAACCCAUAAACCACUAAAGCCUGGAGUUCCACCAGAAGAGGAGGAUGAGGAAGAAGUGAGCAUGAAAGGGCACCCUCCCCCAGCCCCACUCUUUGGGGAUGAUGACGAUGAUGAUGACCUGGACUGGCUGGGAUGA